AAAAAAAAAAUCCUCAACUACUCUUAAUUCAGCAAAAUAUAACUUGAUCAAAACUUGAACAAUUUUCUUUUUUGAGCCAUGGCCCCACCACAUGGAGAGGUAGUUCAUACAUCAUUCCCUAUGCCAACAAGAACCUUCACAAAGCCAACAAAACUCUCUAAUGAUAACCUUAAGAGAACGGUAUCUGACUUUGCUUACGUGUUAAGUAAGGAGAUCGAUAGUGUGAUCGACGAAGAAACAACAACAACAACGACAACACUUCCAACAAUCUCGGAAGUAGAAGAUGCAAAGUGUGAGUGUUGUGGGAUGAGUGAAGAGUACACACCGGAGUACAUAAAACGUGUACGUGACAAGUUUUUAGGGAAAUGGAUAUGUGGGUUAUGUUCCGAGGCAGUUAAGGAAGAAAUGGAGAAAAAUGGAGGGGAUUGUAAGGAUGCCCUAGAAACUCAUAUGAGUCAUUGUGUCAAGUUUAAUAAGCUUGGUAGGCCUUAUCCAGUCCUAUCCCAAGCUUUGGCUAUGAGAGAGAUGUUAAAAAAGAGUUCUAGGAUUAGGGCCAAGUCUAUGAGCCCUAGAGACCAAAAAGGUCUUAAAAAAGGCGGCGGUAUUACUAGGAGUUCUAGUUGCAUGCCUAUUAUGAUGAAUAAUCUUAAUAUUGAGGAAUGAUGCCAUUUUUUUGGGUUUACUUGCAAAAUUUUACUCAUUUUCUUGGAUGGUUAUUAAUGAAUUAUUAACAUUUUUUUUUUUGGGGGGUUUAGGGGUUUUUCUUGAAUUAACACAAUCUAGUUUUUGUAUAUGCUAAGUAUGAUCCUACUUUGAUAUUUUGCUCUUUAAAGGUCUUUUUUGAGUGGGUUCAUAUGUAGAAGCAUAUAUAUUAUAAGGAUUGAUAAGAAUUUGUUGAUUUGGAUAGUACUCCGUCUAUGUAACUAAUUAACAAGACUUUAGUUUUUUUAAAGCCAUUGGAGAUGCCAUGUUUUGGCUUAUUCUUUUGGCCUAAUUCCAAGUCUUGUACUUAUUGUAAUAUGCUUGAUGUAUAACUGAAUAAAACCUUGUAAUAUUUUUAUUUUCUUAUUUUAUUAUAUUGCACUAUGUACUUAUAAAUGUUUUAGUAUUAACAUAUUCUAAAACCUCAAUCAUCAGCUUAAGUUUUUAGUUUAGUUAAUUUUUUGACAUGAUAU